AUGGAGGAACUUGGAAUACUUAACGCUCCAAUCACCACACCAAACGACAGGGCUGUUAAUGAUCAAUUUGCCAGUGGAUCUUAUGGGUCUCUCAUAGCGCAACUCAGCAACAACAAUAACAUUAGCAAUGGCAGCACAGACCCGUAUUUGAAGCUGAAAAGACUCGAAAAAGAGCUGGAGCUUUUGAAUUUGCAAGAAGAUUACAUUAAAGACGAACAGCGCCAUCUAAAGAGGGAACUUUUGAGAGCACAGGAAGAGGUAAAACGUAUCCAAUCGGUGCCACUGGUGAUAGGUCAAUUUUUGGAGCCAAUAGACGAAAACACAGGGAUUGUGUCGAGCACAACCGGCAUGAGCUACGUGGUGAAGAUUCUGUCGACCCUCGAUCGUGAGCUGCUCAAACCAUCUACGUCGGUUGCGUUGCAUCGCCACUCCAACGCGUUGGUGGACAUUCUGCCCCCAGACUCAGACUCUAGCAUAUCGAUUAUGGGGGCAAACGAAAAACCAGACGUCAGUUACGCUGAUGUCGGUGGGUUGGACAUGCAGAAACAAGAAAUCAGAGAAGCCGUGGAAUUGCCCCUGGUUCAGGCCGAUUUAUAUCGCCAAAUCGGUAUCGACCCUCCCAGAGGCGUUCUGCUCUACGGUCCUCCAGGUACAGGUAAGACAAUGCUGGUCAAGGCCGUUGCCAACAGUACACACGCCGCUUUCAUUAGGGUAAACGGGUCCGAGUUUGUGCACAAAUAUCUGGGUGAAGGUCCAAGAAUGGUUCGUGACGUGUUCAGAUUGGCAAGAGAAAACGCGCCCUCGAUUAUUUUCAUCGACGAAGUCGACUCCAUCGCCACAAAGCGUUUUGACGCCCAAACUGGCUCUGAUCGCGAGGUUCAACGUAUAUUGAUUGAGCUCCUCACACAAAUGGAUGGUUUCGAUCAAAGUGUCAACGUUAAAGUCAUCAUGGCCACCAACAGAGCGGAUACUCUGGAUCCAGCUUUGCUAAGACCUGGUAGACUGGACAGAAAGAUAGAGUUUCCAUCGUUAAGAGACAGACGUGAGCGUCGUUUGAUUUUCGGCACCGUUGCCGCCAAAAUGGCUUUGGCACCAGAGGUCGAUUUGGACUCUUUGAUUAUAAGGAACGAUCCUCUGUCGGGUGCACUAAUUGCUGCGAUCAUGCAAGAAGCUGGUCUCCGCGCCGUUAGAAAAAACAGAUACGUCAUUCUUCAAAGCGACUUAGAGGAAGCCUAUGCCGCUCAGGUCAAGUCGAGUAGUGACGUUGAUAAGUUUGAAUUUUACAAAUAG